AUGGCUCCAAAUACUGACAUCGCAACACGAGCUCUUAUUGUUACUCUUAAGUCACCUAUUGUGGGGAAAACAACCGCUGAAAUCGCUGAAAAAACGGGUCUUCCAAAACGUACAAUUAAUGCUAUUUAUGCCCGUGCAAUAGAGCGGGGAUUUGAACCUAAUCAUCUGCCUCUGCAUAUUAGAGAUGAGUGGCUAGAAGAUGCACCCCGUCCCGGCCGGCCCAAAAAACAGACGGAGGAGCUAUCGAAUACUGUUCUUGCCAAAGUGCGUCAGGAUCAAUAUGGGAGGAAGAAGACUUGCGCUGAUAUCGCGGGCGAGCUUUGUAGAGACAGUUAG